GAUCUCAAUAUCCAUUUAACGAGGGAUAUCACCGCUGCCGGGACUCGAGACUUUGACUCUGAUACAACAUCCAUCGCGUCAAGGAUUGCGCGAGGUCGCAUUGAAAAUGGGAGAAGGUAUCAGGCCUUCAAGGAGAAUGUCUACUGGAGUCCCUCGGACGAACAACAAUUCGAAGCAUUUGAACUCGGAGACGUUGCAGAUCAAUUUCCAAAUGCUACAGUACGUGGUGUGGAUCUCUUCCCACCCCCGAUCAAUUGGGUCCCUCCAAACUGUCUUUUCGAAGUCGACGACGUGCAGAAACCGUGGACGUGGAAAGAACCCUUCGACUUGAUUCAUAUCCGCCAACUGCUGGGUUCCUUCACCCCAGAUGAGUGGCGAGAUCUGUACCAACAGUGCUUCGAAAAUCUGGUCCCUGGGGGCUGGAUUGAACAGAUGGAAUUUGACGUCCGAGUACGCAGCGACGAUGCAUCUCUCCCACCAAACAGCGUGCUGGCCGGCUGGGGCGAGACCUUCAUCUCCUGUGCCGCCAGAGCCGGUCGACCCCUGACGACCCAGGAGACCAUGAGAGCGUCCAUCGAAUCAGUAGGAUUUGUCGAUGUGCAUGAGCGCCUGUAUAAAGUUCCACUGGGUCCCUGGCCAAAGGAUCAGCUCCUCAAAGAAGUUGGACUCCUCAAUUUGGAGCAUUGGAAAGCCGGACUGGAAGGAAAUGCCAUGUGGCUACUGACAAAGUUUGGUGCUCCUCAUCCCUGGACCAAGGAUGAAGUCGAGCUGUAUUUGAUGGAAGCGCGCAAGGAUUUGAAGAACUCCCAUAUUCAUGGGUAUGGGUAUGCACGGCGUGUGUGGGCAAGAAAACCGAGAGACGAUCAUAUGGUCCAGACGAAUAUCAAGCUCGAGCCGUCACCGUGA